AUGCAGCUAAUUAAAGUUUUUUUGUGCUGCUGUUGCGUAUUUAGUGGUCACUUUUCAAAUGGAAGCAGCAUUCACAGUUCAGAAAUCAAAUCACACCUCAUCAAUCAUACGAUGGAAUUGAUUGAUAAAGGAUUUGCAAAUAAUUCGAAUCCACUGAUCAUAUCUUCUGAUUUAGUUGAUGACCAAAUGGCAAGUGGGAAUGUCGAUUCUGGAAAACCGCUAAUCGUUAUAAAUAGUGAUCAGAAACGGAAGCAAAUCGAAGGAUAUCUUCCCAGCCAUCCUACGUACAUCCUCAGAUACGAAUCUCUGCCGAAACUGACAUCACUCAUCUUUGGGUUCAUGCGCUCAUCAACCUGCAACAUAAAGUCGCCAAUUUUCCUUCUCGACGUUUCUGAAGGGACGCAUGAUACAAACGCUAGUAUAGCUCUUGGAUUCCUUGCAAGCCUCGAUAUUUUAAUAUCCUACUAUGUAUCUUAUGAUGACAAAAAAGAUUCAACAAUGGUCUACACUCUGAACCCUUACACACAAUACGCUCCGUCACCUUGGAAUCAAGAAAUCACGUUUAAGAAAUAUUUCGUGUAUUGGACAAAGAAAAACUGGGCGCUGAAGGACAAAAUUGAUAAGGUUCGUUCAAUACCGGUGGAAACAGGAUUAUUUUACCAUUACAAUGAAGAGAUAAUAAAAAACUUAUGGAAAAGAAAAGAGAAGAUGGAGAAAAUUAAAGAAAAUGAAAACUAUGAACGGGUCGACUUUGAUAACUUGGUGUUUUAUUUCAUUAUGUUUGCGGCUACUUUGCUGUGGAGUUUGGUCAUUUUUGGAAUUGAAUUUAUGGUUUACCACAUUCAUUCUAAAUAUCUAAGACGAGAAAAGGAGCGACGACAGUUCAUUGAGAGAUUGAGAACACAACCACGGAUUAUUCUACCCCAGGUCGAAUAG